AGUGAAUAAUGUGUGAAGACCUUUAAGUAGAACAAAUCGUCUGCACAACAAUAGUGAUUAUAUUUGUAAACAAUUCAAAAUUUAGUAUAAGUUCAUUUAUACUGUAACUUUGCGUUUUGAAGAUUAAAAUAUGCAAAAAUAUGAAAAACUAGAAAAAAUAGGCGAAGGUACAUAUGGUACAGUUUUUAAAGCAAAAAAUCGGGAAACUCACGAAAUUGUAGCUUUAAAACGAGUUCGACUGGAUGACGACGACGAAGGUGUGCCAUCUUCUGCUCUUAGAGAAAUUUGUUUACUUAAGGAAUUAAAACAUAAAAAUAUAGUUCGCUUAUAUGAUGUACUACACAAUGAUAAAAAAUUGACUCUAGUAUUUGAGCAUUGUGACCAAGAUCUAAAAAAAUAUUUUGAUAGUCUUAAUGGUGAAAUAGAUUUGGAUGUAGUUAAAUCAUUUUUAUAUCAAUUAUUACGAGGAUUAGCAUUUUGCCACAGUAGAAAUGUUUUACAUAGAGAUUUGAAGCCUCAAAAUCUUCUCAUUAAUAAAAAUGGGGAGUUAAAACUAGCUGAUUUUGGACUUGCGAGAGCUUUUGGAAUUCCAGUUAAAUGUUAUUCUGCAGAAGUUGUAACUUUAUGGUACCGUCCACCAGAUGUUUUAUUUGGAGCUAAACUUUACACAACAUCCAUUGAUAUGUGGAGCGCUGGUUGUAUUUUUGCAGAGUUAGCGAAUGCAGGUAGACCACUGUUUCCAGGAUCAGAUGUAGAUGACCAACUAAAACGAAUAUUUAAAAUGUUGGGUACACCCACAGAGGAAACGUGGCCAGAUCUUACAACUCUUCCUGACUAUAAACCAUUUCCUCAGUAUCACCCGACUCAAGGCUUACCUCAAGUUACUCCAAAACUCACAGCUAGAGGCAAAGAUUUGCUACAAAGGUUACUAGUAUGCAAUCCAGUACUUCGGAUUUCAGCGGAGGAAGCCAUGCUGCAUUCUUAUUUUAAUGAUUUAAGUCCUACAAUUAAAAACGAUAGAUAUUAAUAUUUAUAAUAUUAAAAGUGUACUAUUAUUACUGGACAAGAAUUUUAUUAUUUAUUAAAGAGAAACAUAUUCUUCUUCUUUAUCUGGAUAAAUAUAUGAUAUUUCAAGUUCUAAUUAAUAGUAUUAAUUUUUGAGUCAAUCUCUUUUUAUAGUUAUUCUGUACUUUUACGACAGUUUAUGUAUCUACAUAUUUCUUGAAAUUGUCUGAUGAUUAAGCAAGAAUAAUAAUUUAAUUACAUUAAAA